AUGUCGCGCAAGAGCACCAGAACCACCAGAGGGAGAGCGCCAGAUCGGCUCGGUGAAUGGCUGGAGUCGACACAGACUGACGCUCAGCUUGCCUUUGACGCUGCGGUGAAUUUGUCGUUGCCACCAUCACCCAGUGCCAGUGUACAUGAUGUGCUCAGUCUGAAGUCCAUUGGUGUGGACAGUAUUAGCGUUACUAGUAGUCGCAGUGCGCGUAGUCGCGGUGCGCGGAGUGCGCACCUACGAGCUGAGUACGAGGCUGCAAAGAGGCUGGCUGAAUUGGAGCAGCAACAGAUAGAGUCGCAGAGGAGACUGCUGCAAAUGGAGCUGGCGAUGCAGCAUGAAGCCAUCGACAGCCAGCAUGACAGUUCCAGUACUAGUAGUAGUGCGUACUCGGGAUCAAGGCGCUCAACGCGUGCUAGCAUUAGUAGUAGCAGCAGUGUAAGAGGCCAGCCAGCCCAACAGUCUGUACGUGGUGGAACUCGCCAGGCAGCUGUGGCAGUGUCUGCUGGCGGUGGCCACGCAGCUACAGCUAACCAGCCUCCAGCAACGUCAACAGCCACAGUACGCAGUCCGGCAGUAUGUCAGCAGCAGUCAUCGCAGUCUGAUGUUACGCCGCAGUCUGGUGUUGCGCCGCAGUCAGAUGUCACGCAGCCACCAGCAACGUCAACAGCCACAGUACGCAGUCCGGCAGUACGUCAGCAGCAGGCGCCGCAGUCAGAUGCUACGCAGCAGCCGCAGUCUGACAUCGCGCAGCUCGCUGGAGCUAUCCUGGCAGCGGUAGGCACGCAGAAGCCCUCAGACACCCCAGCACAGCGCCAUAUGAAGGGUUAUAUGGCCAGGCAAGCUGCUGGGAAGGAUCUGCCACAGUUUGCCGGGCAGCCUGAAGAGUGGCCCAUCUUCAAGAAGAUGUUCGACACCACAACCCGGGACUGUGGGUUUUCGCAUGCAGAGAACCUCAGCCGACUGCACCGUGCGCUGAAGGGCAAGGCCAGAGAUGCAGUCCAGUUUAUGCUGGCUGUCCCAGACAAUGUUCCGGAGAUUCUCGCCACUCUGCAAGAGCGUUUUGGCCGUCCCGAGCACGUGGUGCACCACCUCAUCACCCGUGCUCAGAGUUUCCGCACUUUGCGAGCCGACGACUUUGAGCAGCUCGUAGAGUUCUCAACUGCUGUGCGUGGGCUGGUGCAGACCAUGAAGCUAAUGAAUAGUACUGGGCACCUGCGCAACCCUCAGCUGCGACAGGAACUUGUUGCCAAACUGCCGGCUGGCAUGCGCCUGAACUGGGGCGAGAUGAUCGCCAAUUUCGAUCCGGAGAAGCUGUCGCUGGAUGAUUUUUCAGUGUGGCUGUGCGGCAAGGCCAGUGCAGCAGGCAGAGUGACUGUGCUGAAGACAGGGAGUGUCAGCAGCAGCGGCGGUGUCAGCAGCAGCGGCGGCAGCAGCAGUAGCAAGAGAACUCGAAGUGAGACCACCCUCACCACUUUGAGCAACAGCGGCAGCUCCAGACAGCAAGAGCGUGCACCCUUCGCCUGCCAUUACUGCAGCAGCCAACAUCCGCUGCGCAGCUGUGACAGUUUUAAAGCACUGCCACUGCAGAAGCGUAGGGAAUGGGUAGCGGAGAAGAAGCUGUGUUUUCUCUGUUUCGGCCGCAGCCACCGAGUAACCGACUGCAAGAGUCGGAAUCGCUGCUCCGUUGGUGACUGCGGAAAGCGUCACCAUGAAUUAGUGCACCCGUCUGACAGGAACAGCGGUGGCCACACUGGACAGCAGGAGAGCGUCAAUUCUCACACCGCUCAGCGAACUCGAGUUGCCCUGCGUGUUGUACCAGUGUCGCUCUCAGUAUCCAACGGGCACAGCGUCAAGACGCAUGCGCUCCUGGAUGAAGGAUCCACUGUGAGCAUUGUGGACGAGAAGCUUGCCAGGGAGCUGGGCGCUACUGGUCCGGUAGAUCCCCUGCAUCUGAGUUGGACUGGGAAUCACAGUCAGCACCAUGCCAACUCAUGCCGUGUCAAUCUGUGCAUCUCACCUAGAGACGGAGGUGAGCAGUUUGACUUGCAGAACGUCCGGACGGUGGCGAACCUCAGUCUGCCGAAGCAGUUUGUCAACCAGCAGAAACUUGCCCGACAGUGGUCGCAUUUGGCGCACAUCGACUUGCCUUCACUUGCAGAGGUAACGCCUAUGCUGCUCAUUGGCCAGGACCACUACCACCUGACGGCACCAAGGGAGAUCUUGGAAGGUCCGCCGAACGCACCUGUAGCCACCAACACCAAGCUCGGCUGGGUACUGCACGGCAACACCGGACAGUGCCGAAGAGUGGACUCUGAGGUGUCCUUCGUGUCGUGGUCAGCGGAUGACGAGCUGCAUGAACUGGUCAAGAGAGCAUUUUCAGUAGAUGACUUCGGGGUCAAGCCAGCGCCGCUACCCAGAAGCAAGGACGAUGAGCGGGCGCUACAGUUGCUGGGUACCGUGACUCACGAUGGCACCAGAUGGCAAACAGGACUGUUGUGGCGUGACGACAACCCGCAAUUGCCAGAGAGCCGACAGCAGGCCGAUAGACGUCUUCAGCAGCUGGAACGCCGUCUGAUGAAGGACCAGAACCUCGCUUGCCAGUAUGCAGCAAAGAUCGAGAGCUACUUGGUGAAGGGAUAUGCACGCAUCCUAUCAGCAGCAGAGGCCGCAUGUGAACCACCUAACACUUGGUACCUGCCGCACUUUGCCGUGGUCAACCCGACGAAGGGCAAGCUGAGACUUGUGUUCGAUGCAGCCGGGAAAUCGCAUGGCAAGUGCCUCAAUGACUUCCUGAUGCCUGGACCCGACCUGCUGACGCCGUUGACGCAAGUGCUGCUGAACUUUCGGCGUUUUCAGUAUGGUUUUGGUGGUGACAUUCGGGAAAUGUUCCACCAAGUCAGUGUGCGGCCAGAGGACCGACCUGCCCAACGUUUCCUGUGGCGAGGCCUCGACCGCAGUCGCCCUCCAGAUGUGUACGAGAUGCAGGUGAUGACGUUUGGCGCAGUGUCAUCUCCGACCACAGCUCAGCAUGUGAAGAACCAUAGUGCCACCGUCUUUGGUCCGGAUCUACCUGAAGCUGUCACAGCCAUCACUGACCGCCACUAUGUGGAUGACUAUUUCGACAGUGCAGCUACGGAGUGUGAUGCAAUCAGCCGUUCGGCAGCGGUGAUUGAGAUUCACCGGAGGGGAGGAUUCGAGAUCCGGAACUGGGUCAGUAACUCGUCCCAGGUUCUUGAGAGGAUACCCACCCAACUUCGGUCAUCUGAAGUGGUGAAUCUCGCCACCGGGAACGCUUCCACAGAGAAGGCACUUGGCCUCAUAUGGAACCCGAACAGCGACUGUCUCAGCUUUGCCGUUGGAGCAAAGCUAUCAGCACAGCCCGACAGCGUCUCGGCAACCAAGCGGACAGUACUGCGCUACGUGAUGUCGGUGUUCGAUCCCCUUGGCUUCCUGAUGGCGUACACCGUUACCGCCAGGAUACUACUGCAGGACGUAUGGAGGUCAGGCCUUGGCUGGGACGAUGAGCUGCCCCAUGAUAUGGCUGAGCGCUGGUCGAAGUGGCAAGCCGGCCUGCAUGAAGUUGCGUCGCUGCAGGUGCCACGGUGCUACCAUCCUGCGCUAGCAGACGCCGAGAGAUUAGAGCUGCACAUGUUUGUCGACGCUAGCGAAAAAGCAUUCGCAGCUGUAGCGUACAUCAGAGCCACCAGCAAGAGUAGUGCUGUACACGUUUCGUUUGUUGCAGCAAAGGCUCGCGUCGCCCCGCUCAAGCCGCUCAGUAUUCCUCGUCUUGAGCUGCAAGCUGCUGUGCUGGGAACACGUCUGGCAGACACAAUCACCAAGCAGCUUGAUCUACCGAUCAGCUCCACAACGUUCUGGAGCGACUCGCGUACUGUCCUGCUGUGGAUCAAGUCAGAAGCCAGACUUUACAAGACGUUUGUUGCCCACAGGAUUGGUGAGAUCGCUGAGACGACGGAUCCCAGUCAGUGGCGCUGGGUCCCCACCAAGGAUAACCCUGCUGAUGACGCUACGCGUGGUCUGGCCAGCGACGAGUUGACACUUGGCAGCAGAUGGAUGACCGGCCCAGAGUAUCUGCAGAGUCCGCCAGAGCAGUGGCCGCUUGAUGUCAAGCCUGCAGUAGCCGACUCAAGUCCCAGCAUCGAGCUGAAAGGCGAGUUCGUAGCCACAGCUGUGUCUAGUGAGUGUGUGCGGAAUGCAGCGCUACCUGACUCUAAUCGCUUCUCAUCGUGGAUGAGACUGGUCCGUGCAACCGCUUGGGUACUCCGCUUCGUCAAGAUCUUGAAGCACCGAGCGCUACGUACAUCAGCACCACCCCCAGGAGAGCUAGUACCUGAGGAGCUUGAGAGUGCAGAGCGUCUAUGGUGGCAGCAAGUGCAAGCCGACUGUUUCCCUGCUGAAGUUCGCAGCAUCGAGUCUGGGAAGCCUGUGGACAAGGACAGCCGCUUGUCACAUCUGUCGCUUGUGCUCACUGAUGGAGUAGUGCGUCACCACAGCCGACUGGUCAACUCCUCCGAUCUGUCUGACAUGGUCAAGCAGCCAGUUGUGCUCGAUCCGAGUCACCCUUUUACCCGGCUGCUGAUUGCGUGGUAUCAUGUUGCGUCAUGUCAUCAAGGGCAAGAGCGUGUGUGCAAUGAGCUGCGGCAGCGCUAUCUCAUCUUGGGGCUGAGACGAGACGUCCGAAGUUCUUGGAACACUUGCCAGAAGUGCAGCAACGACAGAGCACAGCCAGCUGCGCCAGAGAUGGCACCCCUGCCGAGCACUCGUCUCACACCAUUUGUUCGAGCCUUUACUGUGGUUGGCAUGGAUUACUUCGGACCGAUGACAGUGGCGGUAGGACGUCGGCACGAGAAGAGGUAUGGUGUGCUGUUCACCUGCCUGAGCACGAGAGCUGUGCACUUGGAAGUUGCACAUGCACUGACCACGGAUGCCUGCAUCAUGGCCAUCCGUAGGAUGAUCGGCAGGCGUGGUCGACCUCGUCAGAUUUGGUCGGACAAUGGAACGAACCUCCGAGGAGCAGAACGAGAGCUGCGUGAGUCCCUGAACGACCUCGACCAAGACCAGCUCACCACCGACCUGGCGUUACUUCGCAUCGAGUGGAGCUUCAACCCGCCAUCUGCUCCGCACAUGGGUGGAGCCUGGGAGCGCCUGGUUAGAUCUGUGAAGUCCACCUUGCGGGUGAUACUGCAUGAGCGUGCUCCGAAGGACGAGGUACUGUUGACCCUCAUGAUUGAGGCAGAGAGUCUCGUCAACAGCCGACCACUGACUCACGUGCCAGUGGACCCCAACGAUCCGGAGAGCCUCACACCUAACCACUUUCUGCUCGGCACAUCUAGUAGCGUACAGCCACCCGGAGAGUUUACAGAGCGCGACCUGUGCUGUCGCAAGCAGUGGCGUCUAUCGCAGAUCCUAGCUGACAUGUUCUGGCGACGUUGGCUGAAGGAGUAUGCCCCCAGCCUCGGCACACGCAAGAAGUGGCGUGGCGUUGGUCAAGAAAUCAGUGUGGGUGAUGUAGUAAUCAUCGUGGACGAUCAGCUGCCGAGGGGCUCCUGGCCCAGAGGUCUCGUCACUGCCGUGUUUCCCGGGCGUGAUGGGAAAGUCCGAGUUGCAGACGUGAAGACGGCAACCGGCACCUUCCGCCGACCAGUAGUCAAGUUGUGCCGCCUGAAUGUCCUCAGCAGUGCAGCUUAG